AUGGUAAUGAGCCAGAAAGGAAAGGAAUGGAAUGCUAAUGGGGCAUAUUCUUUUGUUUGGUACUUAUUUGCUUUAUUUAUUUUGAUAUCUCACUCUCCUCUUGCUCAACCCCUGAAAACCACAAGCAAUCCGACACAACCAUCUCUCAUUCUCACUCUCAGCAAGCAACACACCCAGUCGAAGGUAGUGCUCGUCCCAGUCGAAGGUCCGUGUCAGAGACACUCUUCUCUUCUUCCUCCUGCUUUUCUAAUCUGUUGCAGAGUAAUAUCUUCUGGAAGUGGUGAUGGUUCUAGAAGAAGAGAUUCUAUAAUAUUGAGCUUUCGAGAUGCCAAAAUAUAUGUUUUAGAGUUUGAUGAUUCUAUCCAUGGACUUCGCACAAGCUCUAUGCACUGUUUUGAGGGUCCAGAGUGGCUUCAUCUGAAAAGAGGCCGAGAAUCAUUUGCAAGAGGUCCAUUGGUAAAGAUUGAUCCUCAGGGAAGAUGUGCAAGUGUUCUUGUGUAUGAUAUACAAAUGAUAAUGCUCAAGCCCACUCAGGUGAGACGCCAGAGCCACGGCAUUAAGGUUUUGUAUAAUGAUGGUGAUGAAGAAGUAUUAAAUCUUAAAAGAGAAAAGUGGGAGUUCAUUGAAGGUGAUUGUCGGUCCGAUGAGGUUUUUGAGGAAGUUAAAGUUGAUCGAUUAAGUCUUGAUGCUUCCACUUAAAUGUACAUGAUCUAUUUAAAUUGGAGCGCUACACCAUCCAGCAUAAGUGACAUUAAUGUUGAAGACUUGGUUUCUGCCAUGACUAGAUUUUGAUUUGCUCUUUUUUCUGUUGUUUUUAGUUGAGAGUUUAUGAUGUGUUGAAGUGUGAAGUUGUAUUUCAACUUCAAUGUGAAGAAUCCAAAUGUAUUUGAAGAGGUUUGUGAGACAAUGCUUAGUGAUACUGAUAUUUUUUAUGUUAUUUAUUUGGAUUUUUAGCCUUUGUAGUAUGGAACUUUUGGAUACUCGUUUAGUGCUUUUAAAUUUAUUUUAAGUCCAUAUGGAUUUGUUUGAUUAAAGUUGAAAAUUAUAUGUAUACGUGUUGAUUUUUCCUUUAGA